AUGAACUGUGCCAGUACCAUGAAGAUUGACGUCAUCGUAUCCGUUUUGGAGAAUUCGUUAGUUUUGGACAUUCGUUGUGAAGACGAAAAGCUGGAUCUGAUAAUUGCCCUUGAUGCUUCAGCUAGUGUCGCUAAUCUAAACUUCCAGUUGCUUCUCAACUUCGUAAAAGAUUUGCUUUCUAUCGUAAGUAUUGAUAAUGGAAAUGUCCGAGCUGGUCUUCUGAUCUACAGUACCCGUGUCCACAUCCAGUUUCAACUGAACACCUUCACCUCUAAGGGUGAGAUCUACGACGCCAUAAACAACACCAGUUAUGAGUAUGGAAGCACAAACACAGCUGCUGCUAUCCAGACCAUGAGGACAAUGUUCAGUCCCAGGAAUGGCGAAAGAUUGGAUGCAAAGAAUGUGGGAAUCCUGAUCACCGAUGGCUUGUCCAAUAUCAAUCCCAGGAGAACCAUUCCAGAGGCUGAACGAGCUAGAGCAGAAGGCAUUCACAGCUUUGUCAUUGGUGUUGGCUUGACUAACACGUCGGAGUUAGAAGAGAUUGCCAACCCACCAACAGAACCAAACUUAUUCAUAGUGAAGGAAUUCAGUGAACUGAGAAUUCUGAGAAAUACAGUUUUCCAGUCUUUAUGCGGUGAUGUUGACUGUGGUCAACCACCAACCAUUCCUGGCUUGACACUUUUGGGAUUUGAUCACAAAUACCUGGGAGGAAAAGCUAAGUACACCUGCAGUGUUUUUAACGUCAGGAUAUCAGGCAGCACAGACGGCUUCGCAGAAUCUUUGUGUAUUGUUGGCGGGGUAUUGGCCCCUCCUGAUCUGGUCUGUGCACACACAGUGACGUGUGAUGAAGGUUACUACAAAUGUCCACAGAGUUACUUCAUACCUAUAGAGUUUGUUUGCAAUGGCGUCAUGGACUGUGUUGAUGGUGCAGAUGAACAUGUCUGCGCACGUGAACAAAAUCUGUUUCAACGUGAAUACGUCUGA